GACAGACAUAAGGAAUAGGAAAUAACAAAAGAAGAUAAAUCUGAAAUAUAAAUUAUAGACUGUUAGAUUUUGUCAACUGUAAAAGAUUGUGGACACUAAGUUAAAAUAACUUGUAAUUCGUGUUAAAAUUAAGAGAAAACUUGAGUCUACUGUUGCAGCCAUGAAGCUGAUCAACUCACCGUUGGUGCGCUCCAAGUGUUAUGUGAACGGAGAGUGGGUAGAAGCCUUGUCAGGGAAAACAUUCCAGGUGUUAAACCCGGCUAACUGUGAGCCUAUCCACAGCGUCCCGGACAUGGUUACGGUGGACUGUGAGAUAGCAGUCGCCGCUGCUGACACCGCCUUCAAAACAUGGUCCACCACUGCCAAGGACAGAAGUAUCCUGCUGCGCAAGUGGUACAAUAUACUCGACGAGCACAGCAAGGAGUUGGCGAGUAUCAUCACAGCGGAGACGGGGAAGCCACUGAAGGAGGCUCUCAGUGAGGUUGCCUACGGAAACUCUUUCGUCGAUUGGUUUUCUGAAGAAGCCAGACGAGUAAAUGGUGAAGUGGUGCCCAGUCCGGCCAACAAACAGCUUGUGUUUAUCAAACAGCCAAUAGGAGUUGUGUCACUUAUUACACCUUGGAACUUCCCUCACGCAAUGAUUACGCGUAAGGCUGCGGCGGCGAUAGCGGCAGGCUGCACUUGUGUUAUCAAACCAGCCGAGGACACACCGCUCACUGCGCUCGCUCUUGCCCACACCACUCAAUUGGCUGGUUUUCCUAAAGGGGUGUUCAAUGUAGUGACUUGCACUCGAGCGAACGCAGCUCUGGUCGGCAAGGUGAUGUGUCAGAGUCCCUCGGUGGCCGGCAUCUCUUUCACUGGAUCAACGGAGGUGGGGAAGCUGCUGUACAACCAGUGCGCUCUGGGGGUGAAGAGGAUCAGUCUUGAGUUGGGUGGAAACGCACCAUUCAUUGUCUUCCAGAGUGCUGAUGUAGACAAAGCCGUGGACUGUGCAAUGGCUGCUAAGUUCCGUAACUGUGGCCAGGCUUGUAUCAGUCCAAAUCGAUUCUUCAUACAAAACGACGUGUUUGACACAUUUGUGGACAAAUUGGUAAGAAGGAUACAGUCGGAGGUCAAACUGGGUGAUGGUUUUGACCCUAACACCACGGCAGGACCUCUCAUCAACGAUGCUCAGGUGGAGAAGGUGAGUCGCAUAGUGGAUGAUGCGAUAGCCAAGGGCGCCAAACUCCACUGUGGGGGCCAGAGGGAGGCUGCCUUGGGAGAACGAUUCUAUCAGCCAACUUUGCUGUCCAACAUCUCUGCCAGCAUGGCUUGCACUAAGGAGGAGAUAUUCGGCCCGGUUGUGGUAUGCAUACG